AUGCGGCUGGCAUGUAUGGCCUUCCACUUGCACCUGGAGGGCAAGGUAGUCAGGGUCCUCAUGGACAAAACAGCCUCGUUGUUCUAUAUCAACAGGCAAGCCCACGACAUCCACCUGAAGGCUUUCUACUUACUGGGCGCCCGCAACGAGAGGGAGAAUCGCUUGAGCAGGGACUUCUCCUCGCAACACGAGUGGUCUCUCCACCUGGAAGUGGCCCACCGACUCUUCAAAGACAAGCCCUCAGUUACAAAGAGUGACAGGAAAUUUGGUGUGGCUCGAAUUGGGAGGACAUUAAAUUUUAUUUUGGACUCACUGGAUCUCCAUUUCUUUUGCAGGCAUUCCAGACUCCUGGGGCUUGUUACUCUUUGGCUGGGAGUCAUCUUUCUAGCUGGAUUCUUCCAUAUGAAUGUAAACAUCACCUCUUCAUACAGAAUGUGGAGGUUUUCCACCAAGUACCUGUGGCCCAGUUACCCCCAGAUGAACGUGAUGUUUCUCAAGACCCACAAAACUGCCAGCAGCACUGUCAUGAACAUCCUAUUCCGGUUUGCAGAGAAGCACAAUCUGACCUUAGCCCUUCCUGCUGGCCAAAACUACCACCUGGGCUAUCCUCAUCGCUUCAUGGCUCAGUUUGUAGAGGGAUUUAAAACCAGGGGACAAAGCUACAACAUCAUAUGCAACCACAUGAGGUUUAACCUCCCAGAGGUCCGAAAAGUAAUGCCAAACACCACCACCUACUUUUCCAUCAUGAGAAACCCAGUUUCACUGAUGGAGUCCUCGUAUGCCUAUAAUAAAUUUUUUACACCAGCAUUUAGAAGGUCAAAGGAUGUGAAUGAGUUUCUGGCAUCUCCAUGGACAUAUUACAAUAUGAGUGAAUACAGAAAUAAUGUUCAUGCGAGGAACUACAUGUGGUUUGACUUUGGCUAUGAUAACAAUGCAAUGGACACUGAGGACUAUGUUCAGCGUGUCCUAGCAGAGAUUGAACAGGCUUUUCAGCUGAUGCUGCUAACUGAUUACUUUGAUGAGUCCAUGGUCCUGCUGAAGGAGACUUUGGGCUGGGAGCUGGAUGAUGUGGUUUACUUCAAGCUGAAUUCCCGAAGCCAGGACACUAUCAAAAGCAUGACACCUGAGAGCAAGGAAAAGGUAAAAGAAUGGUGCUCAUUGGACUGGAAGCUCUACCAACACUUCAACAGGACCUUCUGGAGGAGAAUUCAGGAGACAAUAGGGCUAGAAAAAUUGGAUCAGGAGGUGAAUCUGCUGAGAAUGAGACAAAAGGAACUUAUGGAGCUGUGUCUCUUGGACCCAAUGCCGAUAGAUAAGACCAAGAUCAAAAACAAAAAACUUCAGCCCUUCCAGUCAGGGCGUGCAAAUAUUCUGGGCUAUAAUCUUAAAGAAAACAUGGCUAAUGAGACUCUGAGAACCUGCCUGAGACUGAUCACACCUGAGCUUCAGUAUAUGUCAUAUCUGUAUGCUCGUCAGUUCCCAGAGAAGAAUAGGAAGAGCACAGCCUUUUCCUUGUGGCGGAGGUGAUAGUGUUGGUGGACUGUUAAUAUAACCCAUAGAGCAAUAAUGCUUAUAACAUUCCUAUCACCUUGUUCAUGUACCUCCCAGAGAUGUGUGUUUACAUUUU